CUGAGGGCGGAUAUCGGCCCGUCCUCAUCCUUCCUCCUCUGGGUUUUUUUUCCUCCUCAUCCUCCUCUCCCUCAUUCCCCCCGCAACGAGAAAAAAAACUCACCAUCGGUUUUUCUACCAGGCUUCAUGGUUCUGAUCUCACCUCACGCCAUGCAAGCCACCCGGGCGUCCUCCACCGUCAGUGUGUUUGCGGACUGCAGCAUCCCGGCCGGGCUCCGGAUCGGACCGGUACCGGGCGUCUUUAAACUGGGGAAGUACGUGUCGGACCGGAAGGAGGUUGGACCUAAGAAAAAGAUCCAUUUGGUACGAGGCGAGUUCGAGGACGAGUCCGGCUGUCCGGUGCCAGAUUGGAUCGGAUUCAUCCGCGCAGCGAGGAGCAGCCAAGAGCAAAACCUCGAGGCUGUGUCGGACCUACCGGGCGGACAGAUCUUCUACCGCGUGCUGAGAGAAAUCCCAGCAGGAGAGGAGCUCAGCGUUUGGUACUCCAACGCUCUGGCCCAGUGGUACGACAUCCCGACGACAGCCACUCCCACGCACGACGAGAAAGGUGAGGAGCGUUACAUCUGCUGGUAUUGCUGGAGAAUAUUCAAAUACCCAAACACACUCAAGGCCCACGUCCACUUCCACUGCGCUCUGAGCAACGGGCGGGGGUUCGUGAGCAGCGAGCAGGCCAGAGGCACGGAGACCUUCAGCAGAUCUCCAAAAUCCGGAGACAUCCCCAACACCUCUACCUCACCGAGGAGCGGCCACGGCAACCCGUCCCUGUCGGAAUCAUCGGGCAGGCGGGCGGUGUCUUCCUCGCCUUUUCUAAACAAAACGGGACUGUCCAAGAAAAACAGCACCGAGGAGCAGGACAGGGCCCUCGACAUGAGCGUCUCCUCGGCCAGAAACCCGGGACACCUCUUCGGUUUGGGGGCCACCUCCUCGGUGUUGAGCAACAUGGGCUUCCACCCGGGGGUGCGCUCGGCCUUCAAACCUGCCGGUGUCUCCAAAGUCCCGGGCGGGGACUCCUCCAGAGAGGAGGCCGGCGGGAAGCUGAGCGGCCUGGGGUUCAGUAAACUCAUCGGCUCCAUGAAGCCCAUCCGCAACCUGGGCGAGGGCCUGAACGGGGGAGGGGGCCACCCUCCGAAGUGCACGCCCGCCAUCAUGGACUCCGCGUCUCCCAUGGUGCCGUGCGCCAACGCCAUCCGGGGCUUCCCGCUUCUGCCUCACGUGGAGGAAACCUCGGCGUUCAAGCACGUGGAGAGCCGCAUGCACCCGGGCCUCUCCCCGUCCCGUUACCCGCAAAUGCCCCCCGGACUCCAUUUUGAAAGGUUCUCCCUCCCUCACUUCGACGGCGUGAAGGCCUAUGGCGGGGACUGUAACAUCCCCCUGAUGCCCUUCACCGUCUACAACGGGGAGCUCCUGUACAGCUCCCCUUACUACCCUCUGAAAUUCCACUUCGGCAACCUGCUGAAAUACCCGGAGUCCGUGUCUUACUUCGGCGCGCCCUCGCUGGGCCAGGAGCUGGGCUCCAUCACGAACAUUGACCGGGAGAUCGCCAUGCACACGCAGCAGCUGUCCGAGAUCUCCGCGGAGAAGAACCGGACGCGGCUGGACUCCAUCCCGGCCGGCGGCGGGGUGGUGGGGGGUGCCAGCGCGGCCGAGUCCGGCAAGCCCAAAAAGGGCCACCUGUGUCUGUACUGCGGGAAGCUGUACUCGCGGAAAUACGGGCUGAAAAUCCACAUGCGGACUCACACGGGCUACAAGCCCCUUAAGUGCAAGGUGUGCUUCAGGCCCUUCGGGGACCCGAGCAACCUGAACAAGCACAUCCGGCUCCACGCGGAGGGGAACACGCCGUACAGGUGCGACUUCUGCGGGAAGGUGCUGGUGCGCAGGCGCGACCUGGAGCGCCACGUCAAGUCCAGGCACCCGGGGCAGAGCGUCAAGAAGCUGGAGGAGAAGCCCGGAGGCCUGUUCGAGGACGCCGAGCCCAAGAGCGACAACGACAGCGAGGUGGACGUGUGCUUCACCGACGACCAGAGCGACCAGGAGUCCAGCAAAAACAACAACGACUGAGACCAGUGCGCGCGCCCGCACGGCCAAAACGCGCCCGUCGGUCCUGUGUGAAGCCUCGCAAUUGAUUUGUGCCUGUCGUGGUCAGACAUUCCCCACUAAAUAUACCACAAGGAUGGAUCAAAUUUGGCUUUUAAGCAACUUUGAAAACAUUUUAGCCAAUUAUAUCAUAUGGAGAAAAUAAUAAAUAAACUCGACUUCCAAUGUGCACACAACCCCCCCGGUGUGACAGACAUUUUCGUGUCAAAUUCCAGACAUCAUCACGUUCUCUUCUUGUUUAUGGAAGGAAAAAACUAAACAAAACCGUGGAAACAACAACGAAAUGUCAUGAAAAUACCUGACUUGAGUUAGAUGUAUUGUUCUUUAUGUCGAAAAAGAUCCUCGUGAUAUGUUUCCCCUUGAGAGACGGGUUUUGUAAAAGUUACUGAACAGGAAAAUGAAAAAAAAACAACUAAUUGAGAGACAGAAAAAUGUACAUUCCUUCACACUAAUUAUUCUGGAAAACUACGAGCUUCAAAAGCACAGUCGACUUUUUGCAUCACUUUUUUUUUCUUUUUUCUUGUGAAUAAUAUCCCAUUUUCCCUUUGUCAACUGUCAGUUGCACUUUAUAAAGAAAAAAAAAGAUAGCAAUGGGCAUUUAAUUUCCACCGAAAAGCUGCAAAAAUGAUCCCGAUUCGUGGAACCUUUUCCCACCUCCCCGAACAAGACGCCGUACUUAAAUUUGCACUUUCUUACGAGCUGUUCCAGCAGCCAGCAACUUCCAGUUUUAUUUAAGGAAUAUUAGCAGAGAAAGACAGAUGCAUUGAUUGCAGUUAUAGAAGCUGUACAGUAUGAUAUUUCAGUGGAGAAGUGUUGUACACGUGUGUUUAUAAUUGAUGUUGUCUGAGAGGACAAUAUUCCACUCCUGUGAAUUAAGUGGUC